UGAAAAGUUCUAACGACAUUACUUCUGCAGGCAGUGGCGCAGCCUAGACAAUCGCCGCAGUAUGGGUGGCGGAAGGAGGAGCGAUAAUAGUAGCAGUGGGGAGGAAGAUGGUGAUGCCGAGUGGAGGGCCGCCAUAGAUUCCGUGACCGCCGUCGCCUCCUCUGUCAAGAACGACUCCAACGGCACCUCGUACUCUUCCAGCCGCCGCUCAACCCAUGAAGACGAAGAACACAAACCCCAGAUUAUGAAACACUAUCAAAUCAAGGCACAAAAAAUGCUGGAUGACUUAAUAGAGAAGAGUAUUGAAGUGGUUACAGAUAAGUCUCGAAUGCUAGAGAAAGAUCCUCCAAUCAGCGAUGCUGGAGUUCGACUCUUCAGAAAUGCUCCCUCUGGAAUAGUGUUUGAUCAAACAAAUGAGCUUCAUGGACCAAAAACAAGACCAAGAAUUGUUCCUGGAGAAGUGUUCGACGAGAAAUCGAAAAGGUUCAGAAAGAGACUUAAAUCCGUCGCUGUUGACGGUACCCACAUAAUCGAUGUAGCACGAGCCGCAGGGCAAAAGUCGUUAGCCAAAAUGGAAGCUAGAGAAUCGGCUGCUAAAGCAGCUGCGAAACGAGACGAAGAACGUGUGGCUGAGCUGAAAAAGAUUAGGGGAGAAAGAUGGCUUCCUUCUAUAGCCAGACAAAUGAAGUUUAAAACUAGCAAGUGUUGAGCUUUGUUCGUCUUUCUGACUUCACCUUUUGGUCAUGGUGGCGCAAUUUUUUUCCGCUAAUUGCAAUUUGCUGCUUCGUUUUAUUAUGUUUGUAGACGCUCAAAUCAGAUGAUAGUCGUGAACGAAAAUUUUGUCGACAAGGUUAUGAUUUCCAAGAAAAUGUAUACAAAAUGUUUUUAAAAAAUUAUUAUAGAAGAUAUAUAAGGUGUUCUUAUAUU